UCGUAUACCAAUUCGCCACCGGCCUGUAAAGAAAUACUCUGAGACCAGGUUACAACAAACUACAUAUCCCACAAGCCAUUGACGUUCUUUUCAGUUCUGUGUGCUUCUAAUUUAAGCCAUCAUCCACCACUAUCAACAACGUUACUGCAGCAAUGCUUCCCUGGUCUUCUCUGCGUUUUAAAAUGCAUCAAUUUAUUCUGCAAGACUAGAGGAUAUAAUAUCUAUAGCUAAAUGGAGAUUACUCGUGCCAGACCAUCGCUGUUUGGAGAUAUAGCUCAUGGCCUGGGGUUCUGGACAGACCGUUCGGCGGUACAUGAGGCAGCAGCCCAGGGCAAGGCUCUUCAGCUACAGAAGCUGAUCCAGGGAGGGGCAGCAGUCAACAUAGUGGCUGUGGACUCCAUAACCCCCCUCCACGAGGCCUGCAUACAGGGACAGACACAGUGUGUCCGGUUGCUGCUGGACGCUGGCGCUCACGUGGAUGCGCGGAACAUUGACGGCAGUACUCCUUUGUGCGAUGCCUGUGCUGCGGGUAGCCUGGAGUGUGUGAAACUACUCAUUCAGCACGGGGCUACGAUCAACCCUCCGCUGUUCACCUUCUCACCCCUCCACGAGGCCUGCAUGGGGGGUAACUCUGACUGCGUUCAGCUCAUGAUAGACGUGGGAGCUCUGAUGGAGGCCCAUGACUGCCACUUCGGGACACCGUUACAUGUAGCGUGUGCCAGACAACACUUUGACUGCGCCAAGGUGCUCCUCAAUGCAGGGGCGAACGUGAACGCUGCCAAGCUCCACGAGACGGCGCUCCAUCACGCAGCCAAAGUAAAGAAUGUGGAUCUGAUCGAGCUGCUGAUUGAGUUCGGUGGGAACAUAUAUGCCAGGGACAACCUGGGCAAAAAGCCCAUCAACUACACAAGUCAAGGGUCUCCCACCAAUAUCUGCCUAGAGUUCUAUGAAAAUACUCCCCUCAGUCUACAACAGAUCAGCAGGAUAGCUCUGAGAACAGCACUGGGCAGAAGAGCCCUGGACGACGUGUCCAAACUGGGCUUGCCCAAUCGCAUCACCUGCUACCUCUCAUAUCAGCCACCACCAGAUCUGGACUUGGACUUUGACUACUUCUAACUUGCCCCACCCUACUUCUAACAAGCCCCAUCCUACUUCAAACAAGCCCCAUCCUACUUCUAACAAGCCCCAUCCUUUUUACGAGUCUGUUUUGUCUUGUGCCGAACGAUUCCACCACAUAGGAUUAAGCCUGGUCCCAGGUCUGUUUGGGUUCUUGUCAAUGCCAACUCAUUGUAAUGCUGACAUUGUUCAACCAAUUAGCAUAACAAUGGCUGAUUGCACAAACAGACUGGCACUCAGACUAGAUGGGAAUGAAGAUGCAGGGUAGCCUGGUCCCAGAUCUGUUUGCGUGUUCUUGCCAACUCCUAUUGUCAUUGUCAGGCUAAAGACACAUUGACAACGAUUAUAGGAGUUGUUUAUACAAUACAAACAGAUCUGGGACCAGGCUAGAGGCAAGAGAGCCCAAACUCAUUUGUCUGAGUUAUGGUUUCAGUUAAACUACAAUGAAAAGUAGGGAUAUAAAUGUAACCUUACUGAUGUGACAGGUGUCGGCUAGCUAUGCUCCAAAGACUGAGGGCGAUACUCAAUCUGUAUCGCUGAAGGGUUAUAUUUCUAUUAAUCUGUAAAGGUCAUUUCUGAUUGAGCCGAGAUAUGCAGCGUUCACCUUAAAUGCAGUCUCUACGAUACGGAUUGAAUCUAGGCCUAAGCGUUCCCACUAAGCAUAGUCUUAUGCUUGGAACCAGAUCUAUUUGUCCUGCCUUAUGUUUGGGAUGUUGUGCCUUGCCAACUGCAAGACGGCACAAACAGAUCUGGGACCAGGCUAGUCUGUCCAACCUUUCUGAAUUCUUAAAUCUUUUAGCUAAGCUUUUAGGAUUGUGUAAUUAUGUGUAAAUAUCAAACAUAUAUGUUUAUUUUGAAUAAUGUGUAUAUAAACUAUGUAAAUAAUACAAAUGAUUUGAUUUAUGUAAAUUCCAUGAAUACUGUAUAUGUCUAUUUUGAGUUUAUAAGUGUUGCAUUUUGUCUUCUUCUGUAUGGUUGGAGUGUUAGAAAUGAGUGUGUUGUCACAGGGGUCAAGUGCACACCCCUUGAAAUGAAUUUGUUAUCAUAUUAAUUGAUUGUAUUGUUCUUAAUACUUUUUACUCUUCCAUUGUUGCUUUACUGAAAAUAAAUUAUGCACAGUACCAGUCAAAA